AUGACUUGCAGGAGGAGGCCAAGCAGUGAGGAAGCUGCGAGGGUGAGCCCUGGUCUGCAGGGGGACAGUAAAGCUCCUCAGGUGGUGGCAGAGGAGGAGGAGGAUGUUUCGGGCCCCUGGGAACCAGAGCGCUCUGGGAAAGGGAGCCCGGGGUCGGGACCGGAGGCUGAUGGCUCCAGUGGGCAAGGGACGCAGGAGCCAGUCAGCUCCACAGUCUGCAGGGAGCAGGAGGAGGAGGAGGAGGAAGAAGAGGAAGAGGGGAGCUGCUACAGUGAGGAAGGGGAGGAUGGCAGCAACAUCUACUUCUAUUACACCAUUGGAGAGCGCUGGAUAGACUACCUGCAGCGGACAGAGGACGGUGGCCUCCUCCGUCAUGUGCGGCCCAAGAUGAAGCGGAAAUCGGAGAACGGCCUGGAUGGCAGGGCGCUUUCCCCUGGUAAAAAGCUGUGCAAGGGUUCUGAGUACAGCAGGACACUGGGACCCUGCAUGCCCAGUCCCACCACCACCUUUGGGGACCUGCGCAACGCCAAGGCAGGCCAGGCUCGGCGCCGCCGCAUCCCCUCGGUCGCCCCUCCACCAGAGCUACAGGACUGGCUCCGCACCUUCCAGCGGUGGAGUGGCCCAGAGAAGCUGCUCGCUCUGGAUGAGCUCAUUGACCGCUGCGAGCCCUCCCAAAUCAAGUACAUGAUGCAGGUCAUUGAACCCCAGUUCCAGAGAGACUUCAUUUCCCUGCUGCCCAAGGAGCUGGCACUCUACGUCCUCUCGUUCCUGGAGCCUCGGGACCUGCUCCGUGCUGCCCAGACCUGUCGCUACUGGAGGGUCUUGGCUGAAGAUAACCUGCUUUGGAGAGAGAAAUGCCGCGAAGAAGGCAUUGAGGAGCCCUUGAACCUGCGGAAGCGGCGCCUGCUGAGUCCUGGAUUCAUGUACAGCCCCUGGAAAUUUGCCUUCAUGCGGCAGCACAAAAUCGACAUGAACUGGCGCAGCGGGGAGCUUAAAGCCCCCAAG